GGCGGGGCCUCGCGGGGGCGGAGUCUGCGCUCCGGGUUCGGCUGCGGCUUGCGGCUGCGGCGGCUGCACGUUCAGCUCUAGAGGGAAGGAGGCCAAGGCCUGGGCCCAGCCCGGAGCGGCCGCUCGCUGGAGCCUCCUGGAGCCCCCGCGCCGGCUCAGCCUGGGGGCGGGCUCAGGCCCGGCCCGCCGCCCAACCCAGGACGGAGGCUGCAUGCCCAAGGACCAGGCCAGCGCGACCAUGGAGGAAGCAUCUCCCUAUUCCUUACUUGAUAUCUGCUUGAAUUUCCUGACCACUAACCUUGAGAAGUUCUGCUCAGCAAGGCAAGAUGGAACAUUGUGUCUGCAGGAACCUGGAGUCUUCCCACAGGAGGUGGCUGAUCGACUGCUUCAGACCAUGGCUUUUCAUGGUCUAUUGAAUGAUGGAACUGUAGGCAUUUUUAGGGGCAACCAGAUGCGCUUAAAGCGAGCUUGUAUUCGAAAGGCCAAAAUCUCUGCCGUUGCUUUCCGGAAAGCCUUCUGCCACCACAAGCUAGUGGAACUUGAUGCCACAGGUGUGAAUGCUGACAUCACCAUAACAGACAUCAUUAGUGGGCUUGGCAGUAACAAGUGGAUCCAGCAAAACCUUCAGUGCUUAGUGCUGAACUCAUUAACUCUCUCCCUGGAAGAUCCUUACGAGCGGUGCUUCAGCCGGCUCUCUGGCAUUCGAGCGCUAAGCAUCACCAAUGUUCUCUUUUAUAAUGAAGAUCUGGCUGAAGUUGCGUCGUUGCCAAGAUUAGAGAGCCUGGAUAUUUCUAACACUUCAGUCACAGACAUCACAGCUCUGUUGGCCUGCAAAAACCGGCUCAAGUCUCUAACCAUGCACCACUUGAAAUGUCUAAAAAUGACAACUACCCAGAUACUGGAUGUUGUCAGGGAACUAAAACAUCUGAAUCAUCUUGAUAUUUCAGAUGAUAAACAGUUUACAUCAGACAUAGCUCUUCGGUUAUUAGAACAAAAGGACAUUCUACCCUCCCUUGUCUCCCUGGAUGUUUCUGGGAGAAAACAUGUGACAGAUAAAGCAGUUGAAGCCUUUAUACAACAACGACCCAGUAUGCAGUUCGUAGGGUUGCUGGCCACUGAUGCUGGUUACUCUGAAUUCCUCACAGGCGAAGGACAUUUGAAGGUGUCUGGAGAAGCUAAUGAAAUUCAGAUUGCAGAAGCAUUGAAGAGGUACAGUGAACGGGCAUUCUUUGUCCGGGAAGCUCUGUUUCACCUAUUUAGCCUGACUCAUGUGAUGGAAAAAACAAAGCCAGAAAUUUUAAAGCUUGUAGUUACUGGAAUGAGAAACCAUCCUAUGAAUUUGCCAGUACAACUGGCUGCAAGCGCCUGUGUGUUUAACUUAACAAAGCAAGAUCUUGCUGCAGGAAUGCCUGUCCGGCUUCUGGCUGAUGUGACCCAUCUGCUACUGAAAGCCAUGGAACAUUUUCCCAAUCACCAGCAGUUGCAGAAGAAUUGCCUUCUUUCACUUUGCAGUGACCGGAUCCUUCAAGAUGUUCCAUUUAACAGGUUUGAAGCAGCCAAACUUGUCAUGCAGUGGCUCUGCAACCAUGAGGAUCAAAACAUGCAAAGGAUGGCAGUUGCGAUAAUUUCCAUCCUGGCUGCUAAGCUCUCUACGGAACAAACUGCACAGCUUGGUGCUGAACUCUUCAUUGUCAGACAACUCCUUCAAAUAGUGAAGCAGAAAACCAAUCAAAAUUCAGUGGACACUACUUUGAAGUUUACUUUGAGUGCUCUUUGGAACCUUACAGAUGAAUCUCCAACCACUUGCAGACACUUUAUUGAAAAUCAAGGGUUAGAACUCUUCAUGAGGGUUCUAGAGUCUUUCCCAACUGAGUCUUCCAUUCAACAGAAAGUUCUUGGACUUUUGAAUAAUAUAGCUGAAGUACAAGAAUUACAUUCUGAAUUAAUGUGGAAGGAUUUUAUAGACCAUAUCAGUAGCCUCCUACAUAGUGUUGAAGUGGAAGUCAGUUACUUUGCAGCUGGAAUUAUUGCCCAUUUAAUAUCAAGAGGUGAACAAGCUUGGACUUUAAGCCGUAGCCAGAGGAAUUCUCUUUUGGAUGAUCUGCAUUCAGCUAUUUUGAAAUGGCCGACCCCAGAAUGUGAGAUGGUAGCAUACAGGUCCUUUAACCCAUUCUUCCCGUUACUUGGCUGUUUCACAACACCAGGAGUUCAGCUCUGGGCAGUUUGGGCCAUGCAACAUGUCUGCAGCAAGAACCCCUCAAGAUACUGUAGCAUGCUGAUUGAGGAAGGAGGGUUGCAACACUUAUACAACAUUAAAGAACAUGAACAGACUGAUCCCCACGUUCAGCAGAUUGCCGUGGCCAUUCUGGACAGCUUAGAAAAACACAUUGUCCGUCAUGGGAGACCACCUCCUUGUAAAAAGCAGUCCCAGGCCAGACUAAAUUGA